CUUAAUGUUAAUAGUUGGUAGUUUAUAACAGUAUUAAAAUUUAGUUAAUGAAUUAAUAGUCCUCUGUACAUUAUUUUAGUCCACAAGUAAUAAAAAAAUGUAUAGUAUUAAUUUAUUAAACUGUUAAAAGUCCUGAUGAAGGUUUUGAUUUUAUUCUAGAUAUUAGUGUUGCAUUUAAAUAAUGGUGAAAAUACAUAAGCUAUCUAGACAAGUUCAAACUUUUCUUAGAACUGGUGUUACAAUGAAUGAUACAGUUCAGUGCAUUAUUGAGUUGGUUCAAAACUCUCUGGAUGCUCAGUCAACAUCUAUCGCUGUUCGAAUUGAUCUUCACAGUUUCAUUUUUCAAGUAGUUGACAAUGGACAUGGUCUGACAAGGAAGGAGCUUAACAUAAUUGGAACAAGAUACAUGACAAACAAAUGCCACUCAUUAAAUGAUUUGAAAACAAAUAUAGAAUAUUAUGGCUUUCGAGGAGAAGCACUUGCUAGUCUUCGUGAAUCGUGUAAAGUCCUUGUGGUGAUAUCCAAACACAGAGGCUGUGACAAGACAUAUUCAAAGGUAUUCCGAGCUGAUAAAGAAAUCCACAGUGCCAGUGUUGCUGUCCAUAACCGUAUGUGUAAUGGAACAACAGUCAUUGUUCAAGACUUCCUGUACAAUUUCCCUGUCAGGAGAGCUAGGAUACAGCCUGCUAUUGAACUUGAAAAUAUAAGACAUGCCCUGUUGGCUCUUUCAAUCAUUAAUCAUCAGGUGUCAUUUACUCUUAGAAAUGAUGUUACUAAGACAGUAAUUCUGCAGACACAUGAGUAUGCCAAUAUUGGAGAUGCACUAAGACACCAUUGUAACAUAAAAGAAAAGCACAUUUUAAUUCCUGUAUCAGUCUUCAUACCACCAUUCAAAAUUUCUGCAAAUAUAAGUCGAGAAACUGAGCCAUCAGAUCAUUUCCAAUUUAUAUUUGUUAACAAAAGAUUGGUUACAAAUAAAACUAUGUACAAAACAAUAAACAAAAAACUAGCAAGAAGUUUUUACUUAAGAAAUACAGGCAAAUGUAUAGAUGGAAAGUCAGCAGAAAAGAAUUAUUCUAUUUUUGUUAUUAAUAUUCAGUGUCCUCACAUUGAAUAUGAUAUUACAUACGAUCCAAAAAAGAUGAGAGUUGAGUUUAGGAAUUGGGACAUCAUUACUAGAUGCCUUGAGCAAGUUGUUGAUAAAUUUGUAUCAACUGAAGAUAAUUUAAAUUUCGUAAAGGGAGUUAAAAACCAAGAAACAAACCUCACAUUUAUCAAAAAAUCCCCUGUGAUAAACAACUACACUGCUGUAUCAAAUGUUUUAUAUGGAGCUUCUAAAAAACGAGCACAUGAUACAAAUGCAAAAGGUAAAUCGCCUAUAAAAAAGUGUUCACUUAAGACAACCAACAACAAAAAAUGUCUUACUCAGGGAGAAGAGAACAAUAACAAUCAAAAGGCAGUUUCAUCCUCUGCAGAGACAAUACUUCAUAUUAAACAGCAUAGUAUAAGCCAUUGUAAAAAGUUAGUUAACUCAAUGAAAUCAAUAAACAAGAGUACCAAACUUAGCUCUAACUGUGUGGUCAAAUCAGAUCUUGAAAAUCCAUUGCCCUUUAAAGCUCCUGCACGGAAACAAUGUUUUAUGAAGAGAAAAUUAUUAUCUGAACAUAUUAUUACUGAGUCGGAAUCCGACCCUACACCAAUAAAACAGAAAUGUAUAUGGAAUAGCACUAUUUUAAAAAUAGACAAUAAUCCUAAACAAACUAUUUUACCAAUCAUAUCACAAGACUUUUUUGAUAAUGCUGUGACAGAUAUGAGGUUAACUAGAAAUGUUUUGUUUAGUAACUCAGAAAACUAUAGAAAUUAUGAUACUUUAGGUCAAACGCUACAAAUUAAUCUCUACAGAUCUAUAAAGAAACUAGAUUGCAGGAAAUCUCUACAAUUAACUCAGAAAGAAAGUUUGAAUUAUUUGAAUAAUAACAGAGGUGUACAUUCAAAGUGCAAACAAAGUACUCAAUCAAUAGUAUUAACAGAGAGUAGUUUGAAAAAUGUAUCAAAUUAUUUAAUAAAGGAAGAUAACUUAGAUAAAAAUAUACAACUUUGUAAUGUAAAAAUCCAACCAAAACCAAAUAAAAAUAAAUUGGAUAGUACAAAAUUACAUAAUAAGUUAAAAGAUAAAGUUAUCACUUGUAACACAAACUAUUGCAAUUUAAAACAAAAUUGGAAGUUGUUUACUCCUACAUUCAACACUCAGGAUACCUGUAAAAGCUACAAAGCUUUACAUAUUGUUAGGACAAAGGGUUCAAUAAAUACAAAAUCUAAAGUACUGAUGACUAUGAACAAAAAGUCUACCAGACCUGACAAGAAAAUGAAAACAACUUUUGAAGAAACUGGUAGAAUAGUUAAUAACUCUCAUAAAAUGGUAAAAAAUCAAAGUACACAAAAUACUUCAACAAAAGCAUUACUUAGAAAGCCAAAACAAUUUAUAAAUAUACCAGAAUGUAAUGUAAAAGUUUCAUCUAAAAGUAACAAAUUAAUAGAGUCAACAGUUCUAGAACAGAGUGAUUGUUCUAGUAAAACUCGUCUAAAAGACCUAAGAACACAACAAAUUAUGAAAAUAGGGACAGGUUUUGACUUAUCUAAUUUUCAGAAGACGGCACCUUCUGCUCAACGUAUAAAUGAAAAUUCGUUCAAAUUCUUAAAUAAUAAAUCAGGAGAAACAUAUUUACAUAACGGAGAAGAUAAACUUUUAGUCUCAGAAAAAAGAAAAUUUGGAAAUGAAAAAUUUAAAAGUCAACAAGAGAUAAGAGGUUUAAGAAAUAUAAGAUGUCUGAAGCAAGUAGCAGAAGUAACUCAUGGAACAGAAACAAGGGAUUACAACCAGGAUUAUUCUGGAAACCAGAUUGUAUGCACAAAUAAUAAACAUUUUAAAGAUUCAAAUGAUCCCUUAAAAGAACAAUAUGUUAAGAAAUCUUGUAUAAACUCUCCUUUUAAGACUAACCAGUACAGUUCUGGGCUAUUGAACAACCCAAGCACAAUAGAGAACUGUGUCCAGAAUACAACAUUAAAAGAUUCAGUAGUUGUUAUAGAUUUGACACAAUAUGUGAAUGGAGUGGCUGGAGUAACUGUAAAGGGAGAUCAAGAAUACAGAAAACAACCUUUAAAAUCACCUAUUUGUGCUCUUUCUCUUGAAUUGAAACAAAACCCUCUCAAUUCUAAACGUUCUUGUAUUUUCAAUGAGGAGAGAGAAGACUUCGAACAAAGUCAUCUGAGUGAUGUAAAAAAAAUUACACAUUUGCCAGAGAUCAUCCAACAAGAAGAUAAUAAGAUAAUGAAUGAUAAGAAGUUUGCAGAGAAUAUUGAUAGAAAAUCUGGACGAGAAGGAGAAGGGGAGAUAAUUUUUAUUAAAGAGGAAGGCAAAAUUGCAGUGUUUGAAAAUGAACAAAGUAAUAUAAAUUUCAAAAACCCUUCAACUUAUGAAACAAAAAAUAAGGUUUCUGAAUUCGGCAGCAAAAUUAUUCAUAUAGCAGAAGAAGAUAAAGAUUUUUGUCUUGAAUCAAACUAUAAUGAUUCAGCAGGAAGCCAUGUGAAAAGUAAUAAUAUAAGUUCAAUCCCUGAAGACAUAGUUUUAUUGUCACAGUUUAGAAAAGAAAUAACAGAAGUCUUAUCUCCAGUCAAAAACUUGGAAGAAAAUAGUAGAACUAAUCUAGAUAAAGAAAUAAACCCCUUUAAGGCACUAUGCAAUAUAGCAGAGGGUUGGAAUAGGGAAACUACUCCAAAUGGAAAACGCAUUUAUAUUAACUCGUUAACAGGAAUGUCAUCCUUCUCAACUCCAGUGUUGUCCGAAAACCCACACAUUUUAAGUAACAGAUAUUGGUUUAUGCCCAAAGGCAUUUCCCCUCUUGUUCAUAUCAUUGAUAAAUCCAAUCAUGAUGUUGAAGAAUUAUCAAAAAAUGAAAAAGACACUAUCCACAAUAUUAUAGCAUCAACCAACAAAACAGAUUCAGCAACUUCUGAAAUAAAUAAGUCACAGAUUCCAGAAAGAAUAUUGCACAUGUUAGCUGGAGCUGAUUAUAAGGAAAAUAGGAAUUCUUCAUAUCAAUUUAAUAGACCAUGUGUAUUUUCCAACGAAUCCAUUCAAAUGGGAAAGGUUGUUGGUCAAAUUGAUAAUAAAUUUAUUGCUGCUCUACUUCAUCCUCAAGGAGAAAAGAACAGUUUUCUUGUUUUAUUUGAUCAACAUGCUGUAGAUGAAAGGAUACGAGUAGAAAUGCUUAUUACAGGGUACAAGAAUAACAAUGGUCAGUUGAAAAGCCAAACUUUAAGUCCAAGUGUAGAAAUAUUUCUUGCUGAGAGUGAAAUUGCUGUACUAACAGAACUAUUACCAAGAUUGCAAAAAUUAGGAAUUAAAGUUAUAAUGAAGGAAGGAAAAAUAUUUGUAUGUGAAAUACCUUUAUGUUUGUUUAACAAAAUUUCAAAAGAGAACCAGAUUGACACGAUGACUGCACUGAUCAAGAAGCUGCUAGUCUCUGCUGAGGACUCCAGAGGUGUAAUACCUUCACUUCCGCACUUCAUUGCAGACAUUAUCAACACAGAAGCUUGCAGAGGUGCGAUAAAAUUUGGAGACAAAAUUAGUUUAGAAGAAAGUAAAUUUCUGUUGUCCAAACUUGCAUUAUGUGAGAUGCCAUUUCAGUGUGCACAUGGGCGUCCUGUACUUACUCCUCUCAUUGAAAUAGAACAAAUUCAGUCUCAGGAUGGACCAAUACAUUUGUUGAACCUGGUACACAGUUAUACCAGUACUCAUUUUGAUGUGAUAGAAUGAGUACGGAAAUAGAUUAUAAGAAUAUUAGUUAGUAAACAUAGUGAAUGUGGUUUUUGAUUGUCAAUAAUUAAAACAAAUUAAUUUAACUUAAUGUAUUCUCUUUUUACAGUCAGAAGGAAGCUUCUGACAUUUAAUUUUUUACUUUAAGAAAAUUGUUUUUUUUAUAAUUAUUCCUUAAAUACUAGAAGAGAGCCAGAAGACCCAUUAAACUAUUUACAUCCAGAAUGUUAUACACUGAAUUGUACAAAAUGUACCUUAACAGCACAGACACCCAAAUGACCACCAGAAUAUUUUAUUUUUUAGAUACAUUAAAGAGUAUAUAACAUAUAAAUUUAUAAAUUAUUUAAUAACACCUUGGAUUGAACAAUGUAUAUUUACUGAUUAUUGUACUUUAAGUUAAAAGAGUAUGUUAAUAUAUUGU